CGACAUACAGGCGUCUAAGUCACAUGUCGAGUAUUUAGUCCCGAAUGCUACAAUUAUGAGCUGAGACCGAAGUAAUCAACCUCUGACUUAUCUUAUUCAUGAUGGAUGAGAGACAUUUAAAAAAGAGAUCCCGGAGUAGGAGCCCUAAGGUGUCGCAAAGCAAAUCUUCAAAGAAGAAGAAAAAAUUAAGUUCACGAUGCAGAAGUAGCAGUGACUCCCCUGUAAGAAAACAUUCAACUCUCGCAAAAUAUCGAGCAGAGGUACCAGACAGACGUAAAAAAGAAAGAAGAAAGAAAAAGAGAAGAAGAACGGUGAGCACAACUUCAUCAUCAUCUUCUUCUUCUGAGAGCUCUUCAUCUUCAUCAUCCUCUUGCUCCUCUUCAGAUGACUCAGUUGAUAGUUCAUGCAAGAGUAAAAAAAGCAGCCAUAGAAAGAAGAAGACUAAAAAGCAAAUGAAAAAAAAGAAGGCGAAAAAGAAGAGCAAAAAGCUAAAGAAAAAAACAUCUUUUAAACUGGAAUGCCAGGAUGCCAAAGGCACAGCAAAGGAAGUGCUACCUGGCCCCUCAAUAAACCCCUGCCAGAAGGAGUCUCCAGAAGACACUGGCCCAGCUUUGACUGAUGAACAGAAGUCUCGUAUUCAAGCAAUGAAACCAAUGACUAAGGAAGAGUGGGAUGCACGGCAAAGUGUUAUCAGGAAAGUUGUGGAUCCAGAAACAGGAAGAAUGAGACUUAUCAAGGGAGAUGGUGAAGUUCUUGAAGAGAUUGUAAGCAAAGAGAGACACAAAGAGAUUAAUAAGCAAUCUACACAGAAAGAUGGCCUUGCGUUCCAGAUGCACUCUGGCAUGUUCUGAUCCCUGGCCCAGUAGGACACUGCUUUAAAUUGAUUUCAGGUUGAAGACAGGUGCGUGCUGUAUCCAUGAUGAAUGUUUUUUUUUCUCACACACACAGUUACUUAUUAGGAUAUUGACCCUGCCUUGUAACCUUGUCAUGAUUUAUUUCUUCCCUUGUUCCCCUACUACUGUUACAAUUAAAUAUUCAGUGGUCCUCUGAUAUUGAAUAUUUUUCACCAGAAAAUUUCCAUAAGUAUCUGAAAUAAAAGUUUGAAAAUGUUUUUCAUUUUUUUUUGUUAAGUGCAUUGCAGAUAGCACUGUGUGUAAGGUAAAUGUUUAUACACUGCAAACUUUCAGUUUGGUCACAAAGCCACUGUGAAAAUAAAUGUGAUAAAUCAGCCCCAACAUGUGCUUCUCUGUAUCACUCAUAAGGACAUCAUGGGUAUAAAUGUCCAUGCAGGUCAGUGCCAUUAAACUCUGCCAGUGAGUGCACAUCAUUAUACUGUGCAUAUUUAGAACCGGAUUAGCAUCACACUUAAGCAGGUGUUGUUCCUGUGAGUGCCAGUCCAUACUUUAUUUUGAGCCACAGCUCAACUGCAGCCUUUUGCUUUUUGCCGUUAUAAAGAGACUGUAAUAAAAGUGUAGUUUGCUUUAAUUAGAAAGCAAAAAAUACAAAAACUCAUCUGCUGUAAAGAGUGUGAAAUUUUGGUAUUUCUGGCGAUAUAAAUGUUUGCUUAAAGACUUCCUUUGACUGCAGUGUGUGUAUGCUGUAAAUAAACAAUCAGCCCCUCGCUUCUA